GUCGUGACCCACUCGGGACCUGGACGGCGGGCCCGCGUCUCGUGGCAUUUGGUGUCCUUCGCCCGAGUUGCUGCCUGCUCUCUGUAGGCUGCCGAGAAAAAUUGCAUGGAAGAUCCUGCUGUGUGGGUUCGUUUCUUUACCAGGGCCUUUCUGUCUGGACCGCAUGCCGAAUUCCAGCACUAUUGGGAUGGAAUUUGUCGCGAUACGAGUGGUUGCACUCCCGCGGGAGCAUCCUGAACUCCAACUCGUUGCUUUGAUCGAUGGUGGCCAUUGGGGCUGUGGCUUUUUGCGCUUGGUUUGUGUGAAAAAUCUGCAGAGGCCAAGAUGGAGAUGGAGAGCCGUAUGUUCUACAGGUCUGUGAAAACACGUCGCACCCCCGUCAACAAGAAUAAAGUUUGUACUUGAUGUAGAGUGAGCAAACAUGUUCCACGGCCUUGGUAAUCUUUCUGUCACGAUGUGCUUCAGGAUAACGUU